GUUACGCAUACUUUCAAGUGAAGGAAAAUGACCGAGACCGAAGUUGCUGUCGCGGCCCCAGCUGCUGCAUCCCCGGCCAAGGCCAAGAAACCACGGGCUCCCAAGGGCGAGAAGAAACCGAAGAAGCCAUCCACGCAUCCUCCGGUCAACGAUAUGGUCCUGGCGGCCAUCAAGACGUUGAAGGAGCGUAACGGAUCGUCUUUGCAGGCCAUCAAAAAGUACAUCGCCGCCAACUAUAAGUGUGACGUGGCCAAAUUGUCCACUUUCAUCAAGAAGGCUCUGAAGGGUGGCGUCGAGAAAGGGAAGCUCGUCCAGACCAAGGGAACUGGAGCUUCGGGUUCUUUCAAGAUCAAGGUUGCUGCUAAGCCAGCAGCUGGUGAAAAGAAAGCAGCUAAGAAGCCGAAGAAGGCAUCUGCCGCUAAGAAACCGAAAAAGGCCGCUGGCGAGAAGAAACCUGCUGCCAAGAAAGCAACAGCAGCCAAGCCCAAGUCUGCUGCCGCAAAAAAAACCAAAGCUGCUCCAGUGAAGGCAGCCAAGAAGGCUGGCACGGCCAAAAAACCUGCUGCUGCUGCUUCCCCCAAGCAGAAGGCCACCAAACCAUCGAAAACGGCAGCCAAGAAGCCAAAAGCACCAAAACCCAAAAAGGCUGCCCCAGCUAAGAAAGCAGCUGCCAAAAAGUAAAUGAUUUUACUUUAAUAUUUCCAGCAAUAACCCAAAACAGUCCUUCUCAGGACUACCAAUUAUUUCAUAAGAAAGAGUUAAACUGAUUUUCAUUAAAAUCAACUAACGGGGCGUGUUCGUAACUUGAUGCAUCAAUCGAUCUAUUUUUUUGGUAGAUGUCAAAUCGCUUUCCACACUGAUAAAUCAUUUCACACAUUUUGCAAAUUAUUCCACACAUUAUCGGCAAAUGUAUGGAGCUGUCAAACCUGUUUGUGAUUUUUACACACCAUGCAGAUUCAAAAUUUA